AUCAUCAAUGUCUGGAGACCAGUUCAUGCAGUUCAAGACAAUCCACUUGGUCUUUGUAAAUGGAAUUCACUUUUGCCGGAAGAUACUCUGCAAGCGAAGAUAACGCCAACCACAGCUGAAAAUUCAAUGCAGGCAUGGAGGUAUAGAGAAGGUCAAGACUGGUUUUACUUGAGCAAACAGCAACCCAGUGAAGUGUAUGCAUUUAUGCAACACGACAGUAGAGGAGAAAAUGGACACGGAGUUAAUGUACCACAUGCUUCCUUUACUUUGACAGAAGAUCGUGAAAAAACUUUUACAAGAAUUAGUUUUGAAUGUAGAGUGAUCGCAAUCGUGGAU